AAAUAAUUCGUCUUGGAUUGUUACCAUUGAGCUUAGAAGAUGAAAAGAAUAUUUUGGCCGAUAAUUUAAAUAAUUUUUUUGGCUUACCUCGUUCUUAUGAUGUGAUUUUAGAAAGAAAAAAACUUUGUGGUUUGCUCGACGCAAUAAUGAUUCUUUUUGGCCUUCUCUCCUGCAAUGACUUUUUUGUAAAGGAUCUUUCUUGUAAAUUUUUACGUUUUUGUGGACAAAUUUCAUUUAGCAUGUAUUUAUUACAUCCAAUUGCAAUGUCAUGGGUGAAUAUAUAUGUGCCCUCUAUUGAAUUCCAAGUAGCAAUUAAAGAAAUAAACGAAUUAGAUAAGGGUAAUAUGAUGUUGGAUGCG